GGGAGGUUUGGAGCCCAUGGAUACUGUAGCCGCGUAGGGCAUUCGGUAUGUUGCCGCUGCGUUGAGGUUUGGAAACAUCAACUGGAAUCAAUUUGCAUUUGAAAAUUAGAUCAGCACAAAGACUUGAUAUUGUGGAAUGACUAGCAAACAAGCAAUGUCAUCUAACAAACAAGAAAGGCUCUUGUGUUAUAAUGGGCAAGUCCUUGUUUUCCAGUUGUCUAAAGGAAAUUUUGCAGAUAAAGAGCCUGCAAAAACACCCAUAUUACAUGUCAGAAGAAUGGUAUUUGACAGAGGAACAAAAGUAUUUGUUCAGAAGUCCACUGGAUUUUUUACCAUAAAGGAAGAAAACUCUCAUUUAAAAAUCAUGUGUUGCAACUGUGUGUCAGAUUUCAGAACUGGAAUUAACCUCCCUUACAUUGUGAUACAAAACAAUAAAAAGAAUAAUGUUUUUGAAUAUUUUUUACUGAUCCUUCACAGUACCAAUAAAUUUGAAAUGCGUUUGAGUUUUAAACUAGGCUAUGAGAUGAAGGAUGGCCUAAGGGUCCUUAAUGGCCCUUUAAUUUUAUGGAAGCAUGUCAAAACAUUCUUCUUUAUCUCUUCUCAAACUGGCAAAGUUGCUAGUGUGUCAGGUAACUUUUCCUCUAUUCAGUGGGCAGGGGAGAUUGAAAAUUUAGGUAAGGUUUUAUUGGGACUAAAGGAAUGUUGUUUAUCUGAGGAAGAAUGUACUCAAGAGCCUUCAAAAUCAGAUUAUGCAGUUUGGAAUACCAAAUUUUGUGUAUAUUCUCUUGAAAGUCAAGAAGUAUUAAGUGAUACAUACAUUAUUCCUCCUGCUUAUAGCAGUGUGGUGACUUGUAUACAUAUUUGUGCAACUGAGAUCAUCAACAACCAGUUAAGAAUAUCUCUCAUUGCCCUUACUCGAAGGAAUCAGCUGAUUUCAUUUCAGAAUGGAACUCCUAAAAGUGUGUGCCAGCUUCCAUUUGGAGAUCCUUGUGCAGUUCAACUUAUGGAUUCAGGUGGAGGAAACCUCUUUUUCAUUGUAUCCUUUAUGUCCAAUAAUGCGUGUGCUGUAUGGAAAGAGAACUUUCAGGUUGCUGCUAAGUGGGAAAAACUUAGCUUAGUACUGAUAGAUGACUUCAUUGGAAGUGGAACUGAACAAGUACUCCUACUUUUUAAGGACUCCUUGAACUCAGAUUGCCUGACUUCAUUUAAAAUAACGGAUCUUGGAAAAAUAAACUAUUCAAGUGAACCAUCGGAUUGCAAUGAAGAUGACUUAUUUGAAGACAGACAAGAGAAUCGUUACCUGGUGGUUCCACCUCUAGAAACAGGACUGAAAGUUUGUUUUUCUUCUUUUCGGGAAUUACGGCAGCAUCUCUUUCUUAAGGAAAAAAUUAUUUCAAAAUCUUACAAAGCUUUGAUAAACCUGGUUCAAGGAAAAGAUGAUAAUACAUCAAGUGCAGAGGAGGAAUGUCUUGUUCCUCUUUGUGGUGAAGAAGAAAAUUCUGUCCAUAUCUCAGAUGAAAAGUUAUCAGACAAUUUUCAAGAUUCAGAACAGCUAGUAGAGAAGAUAUGGUAUCGUGUAAUGGAUGAUAGCUUGGUUGUUGGAGUGAAAACUACAUCUUCUUUAAAGCUGUCCCUGAAUGAUGUGACUUUAUCAUUGUUAAUGGAUCAAGCCCAUGACUCCAGAUUUCGGCUUCUUAAAUGUCAAAAUAGAGUGAUUAAGUUGAGUACAAAUCCUUUCCCAGCACCAUACUUGAAGCCAUGUGAAAUAGGAUUGGAAGCAAAAAGGGUCAAGUUGACCCCUGAUAGCAAGAAAGAGGAAAGCUUUGUUUGUGAACACCCAUCUAAGAAAGAGUGUGUACAGAUAAUUACUGCUGUAACAUCUCUUUCACCACUUUUAGCAUUCAGUAAAUUUUGUUGCACUGUACUGCUACACAUUAUGGAGAGAGAGAGUGGUAACUGUCCCAAAGAUCGUUAUGUUGUAUGUGGCAGAGUGUUUUUAAGUCUAGAAGAUCUUUCAACUGGGAAGUACCUACUGACGUUUCCAAAGAAGAAACCUAUAGAGCACAUGGAAGAUCUUUUUGCACUCCUCACAGCAUUCCACAAAUCUUGUUUUCAAAUCACGUCACCUGGCUAUGCCCUGAAUUCAAUGAAGGUGUGGCUCUUAGAACAUAUGAAAUGUGAAAUAAUCAAAGAAUUUCCAGAAGUGUACUUUUGUGAAAGGCCGGGAAGUUUCUAUGGGACACUCUUCACCUGGAAACAGAGAACACCAUUUGAAGGGAUUUUAAUAAUCUAUUCCAGGAAUCAAACAGUUAUGUUCCAGUGCCUUCAUAAUCUCAUCAGAAUUCUCCCUAUAAACUGUUUCCUCAAAAAUCUAAAAUCAGGAAGUGAGAAUUUCCUAAUUGAUAAUAUGGCAUUUACGUUGGAGAAGGAACUAGUCACCCUUAGUUCUGUUUCUUCUGCCAUAGCUAAACAUGAAAGCAAUUUUAUGCAGAGGUGUGAAGUGAGCAAAGGAAAGAGUAGUGUCGUCGUGGGUGCUUUAUCAGACAGAAGGGAAAACAUCCAUCCCUACAGAAAAGAACUUCAGAGAGAAAAGAAGAAAAUGUUGCAAACGAACCUAAAAGUGAGUGGUACCCUUUACAGGGAAAUAACUUUAAAAGUAGCUGAGGUUCAGUUGAAAUCAGACUUCGCUGCACAGAAACUGAGUAAUUUAUAAUUAUAAUUUCAAUUUGAUCAUAUUUUAAAAUAUGUUUUCACCACCAUAUAAGAUUUUGGUUCUACUUGCUAUAUGCCUCCUUUGUAAAAAUAAACACUGAGGCUUACUGUAGUAGAAUCUUUAGUUUUGAUGAUGCACAAAAUAAACAGCAGCAGUUCUCAACUAGUGCCAUUUUGUCUCCCUCUCCUCUACCCCUAAGGGGCAUUUGGCUAUGUCUGGGGAUAUUUUUUUUUUUGGUUGUCAGAAGUUGUGGGGUCAGGAAGGAGUGAGGCAGAGGUGCUGUGGGUGUCUAGUGGAUAGAGGAGACCAGAGAUGCUGCUAAACAUCCUACUAUACAAAAGACAGCCCCCUACAACAGAGAAUUAUCCAGCCCAAAAUGUCAGUAAUGCAGAGGUUGAGAAAUCCUGUCUUAGAGUUACUUAAGUGAAGACUGAAGUGGCAUAAUAGUAUUUUGGUCUAAAUCUUUUAAAAACUUCAUUUUUUUUCUUGCUUUCUGCUUAGUAAAACCUAGCAUGUAAAAAUCAACUUCAAAUAGAUAAAUUAAGCAAGGUUGUAAAGAUCCACAAGUUUCUGUAAAUAUCAAUAUUUCUCCUACAAAAAUUUAAAUGGCAGAUUGUCUGGGUGAGACCUUUAAAAUGAAAGUUUUUGAAACCCUUGUCAAUUUGAAUGUUAUUACAAAGC